AUGUACUAUGUGGUCUCCCAGGCGCGCGUGAACGUGGCCCCCGCGACCAUGCUGCGGCCACAGCGGCCUGGAGAUGUACAGCUCGGGGCCUCCCUGUACGAACUGGUGGGCUACCGGCAGUCGCCCUCCUCUUCCUCCACUUCCUCCUCCACGCCGACACCCCUUCUCCCCAAAGCGGCGCGCGACAAGUCGGAGGCGCCGGCCGAAUCGCGAGGCUCCGGGACGGGGCUGGGCGCACACGCAGGCGGCCGGGCGGACGCCAAGGAGGAGCAGCAGCAGCAGCUGCGGCGCAAGAUCAAUAGCCGCGAGCGGAAGCGCAUGCAGGACCUGAACCUGGCCAUGGACGCGCUGCGCGAGGUCAUCCUGCCCUACUCCGCGGCGCACUGCCAGGGAGCGCCCGGUCGCAAGCUCUCCAAGAUUGCCACGCUGCUGCUCGCCCGCAACUACAUCCUGCUGCUGGGCAGUUCGCUACAGGAGUUGCGCCGUGCGCUCGGGGAGGGCGCUGGGCCGGCCGCGCCGCGCCUGCUGCUGGGGCCCCCGGAUGCCCUCCGCCCUGCCAAGUACCUGUCGCUGGCGCUCGACGAGCCGCCCUGCGGCCAGUUCGCGUUCCCGGGCGGCGGCGCGGGCAGCGGCGCGGGCGGCCCGGGCCUCUGCACCUGCGCUGUCUGCAAGUUCCCACACCUGGUCCCCACCGGUCUGAGCCUGGCAGCCGUGCAGGCGCAGUUCUCCAAGUGA